GGGUGGCCGGAGAAGAAGCCACUAUGGUCUAAUGCAAUGGGACAGUACAACUUUUUAGGCUGGUGCGUAGGCAGUGGGUAACACCAACUAGGGCCAUUCAAUCAACGAUCCAUGACCUUGGUCAGAAAGUUGGCGACAUUAUUGCGUGUUGAAAGGAAGAAAAUAUUUUGGAUGAGCAAACUGUUAGACACGAAGAACGUCAAGGCUGACGAAAUGAUGGGGUGUCUCUUAGAGGUACUUAAUCGCUUAUCGGAUCCCAGAGAAUGGCCAAAUCUUGGUCUUAAUUGUUUAGGACUAUUUGAGGGAGACAUGGAUUUUGGUAUUGCUAUUGUCUUUCUGCAUAUGAUCACAGAGUUACACCUGAAUGAAUACCCUUGUUCGGAUGUUGUAGCAGCAGAUACUGCAACAGGAGAUAUCAAUGUUUUAGUGGCGGAAUGCCGGAAGCUGUCCCGCUACAUGAUGUACCUCUUGGUUACCCACCCUACGCUGCUGCCUCUCAAUAUUAGUUCGGUCGAUGCACUGAAACGGUUCCAAAAUCUUCCAGAGGAUGACAUCGGGACUCACCUCCAAAAUUUAUAUCCCCAGCCUGGCAAGGAAACACUAGAGGAGAUCAAGGAGGUGUGGAUACGGCUCAUCAUCUACGCCGCCUUCAAGUCACGGCCGGACAUCCACAUGGCGCAGCUGGCCAGAGGAGGGGAGUUCCUCACCUUCGUCUGGUUGUUCCUGGCCAAAAACGGCUUUGGGUCUCAUUUCAAUGACACCAAGAUCGAGCUUAUUAGGGGCGUUAGGGGGCCCAGUGCUCGUAUGGUCUAUGCCAUAGAUACAUCUCGAUGAGCAAAUCAACGUCGUCAUCAGGUACAUAUACGUCCAUGUUAAUUUGUUGGUUUCUUGCUACAUAUUGACUUGAGCUAGCAAGGUACUCCUACAUUACAUACAAUACGUUGUAUAUAUGUCCAUGUUAAUUAAUCUUAUUG